AUGACGCAGUCGCCUUUGCUCAAACGUCUGCUGUCGGCUCUUUUUUACGGUUUCGUUUCCAUUCUUGUGGUUUUUGUCAACAAAAUUUUGCUCACAAAUUUUAGGUUUUUCCGUGUUCAGUUUUCGAGAAAAAUGUAAUGUUCAAGGUUUCCCUCUUUUCUCUUUGUUGGAUGCGGCCAAAUGGUGGCCACCGUAGUGAUACUCUAUGUUGCACGGUUAUUUCGGAUAGUAUCGUUCCCAUCUUUCGACUCGUCGGUGCCACGGAAAAUAAUGCCACUUCCUAUACUGUACUUUUUCAACCUAAUUUCUGGCCUCGGAGGAACACAAAUGAUCAAGUUGGAAAAAAAAAGUGUAUCGUCCAUCAGUCUCAAGUUUCAGCCUACCAAUGUUCACCGUCUUGAGAAGAUUUUCAAUCUUGAUGACAAUGAUUUUGGAGUAUGUCAUCUUGGGGUGAGACGCUUCUUGUUGAAAGCAUUUGGACGUUUUUUUUUUUUCAGAAUCGACUCUUCGAGAGCCGUCAGGAUUUCAGUGGGCUUGAUGAUUCUCGGUAGCUUGAUUGCCGCCAUCUACGAUCUCGCAUUCGACGCCCUGGGCUAUUUCUUCAUCAUAGUCAACGACUUUUUCACGGCGGCCCUCGGUGUCUACACUAAACAAAAACUUGAUGCCAAGGUUUCAAUUUGCUUUCGAUUAUUUCAUGGAUGUCAAUCUCAUUAAAGGACCUUGGUAAGUACGGGCUCAUGUACUACAACUGCUUGUUCAUGCUUCCACUGGCCCUCGCGGUCGUCUUUUACACUGGAGACUGCGACAAAGUUUUUGCUUUUUCUUUCGUACAGUGCCAAAAUAAACUGAUGACAUCAAGGCUGUCAAGUUCAUUCUGAGCGAUGAAAUGACGACGUCCGUGUGGUGUUGCUUUUUGAUUUCGUGCAUCUGCGGGUUCAUCCUCAACUACUCGCUCGUCUUGUGCACCCAUCACAACUCGGCUCUCACCACCACCUGCGUUGGACCAAUCAAGGCAAACAUUUUAUCUCCUUUUUCCUAUAAAAUCAAUGAUAGAAAACGGACUUGAGUUCUGCCUGAAAAUGACCCUUUUCAUAGUAAUGAAGUUUCAAUUUUCAGAAUUUGUUUGUGACCUACGCUGGCAUGGUCUCCAGCGGCGACUACGUCUUUCAGUGGGCAAACUUUAUCGGGAUCAACGUCAGGUGUGUUUUCCAAUCUUCCCAAGGACUUUUGAGCUGAUUUGCUCUUCUAAUCAACUAUACCUAUGGGGCCACGAAGCCAACUUUUUUUGCUUACAAGAAAUUUAUUUUGGCGGCAGCGAAUUUUUGUACUAACCAUGUUACUAAAACCAUAGAAAAGUUACAACAAAAGUUUUUAAACUUUUUCUUCUUGUUAGCAAAAAAAAUAAUCGUUCGCAGCAAGUGGGAGGAGCUUCUCUAUAUGCAACUUGGGCUACUGACAAGUGUUGUGUUUAGCGUGGCUGGCAGCAUUCUCUAUACCUACGUCACUUUCCGGACCAAAUCAACAGCGAACCCGUACAAGCCGCUGAGCACUGUGCCGCCGGUUGUCGUAGAUAUGUCAACCAAGUCCUCAAUUUAG